AUGAAGGGGUUGCUUUUGCUGAUGAGCAUGAUAGCUCGGUUUGUCGCGGCGGAAGUUUUCCCUGGCGACGUCGACGAGCCGAUUCCGAUGAUAGAAGUAUCAGCGGUGGCUGGCAUGAAAGCUGAAUUACUUUGCGACAUCGAUCCAGCUAGCAGGAGUGAAGUGGUGAGCAUGGUUUUUUGGUACAAAGACGGAAGGGAUGGCGAGCCAAUAUACAGCUUGGACGCUCGCGGGAAAUCGAUAGCACAAGCGGGGCUCUGGUCAGAUCCAGACGUAUUCGGCGAAAGGGCGACCAUGAGGACAAACGUGAAGCCCGCGAGAUUGGAGAUCGAUCUCUUGGAAGCGGCCGACGCGGGAGUGUACAGGUGUAGACUGGAUUACAAAAAUAGCCCGACGAGAAAUCAGAAAGUUAACCUCACAGUGAUAGUGCCACCAAACAAGCCGGUGAUUUACAUCGGCGCGGGUAGAAGUUUGGCCAAGACACUGCAGGCCUUCAACGAGGGUAGCGAGUUAUCCUUACUGUGCGAAGUAAUCGGGGGUUCACCGCCACCGAAGGUCACGUGGCAUUCCGAGGGGAGGAUGUUGGAUAACACGUAUACAUUCGAGCAUGGUGAUACCACGAAAAAUCGUCUCGAUAUCCUCAACGUCACCAGGGAAUUUCUCGGGGCUAGGCUAAUAUGCCGGGCGAGCAAUACUAAUCUCAUCUCUGAUCUGACUGCCGAGAUUACUUUGGAUAUUAAUUUGAAACCGUUGGUAGUGAAUAUCACGAACAAACAAGAGUAUUUGUCCGCGUUGAAAACGUACGACAUCAAAUGCGCCACUUCCGGUUCCAAGCCAAAGGCCGUGAUCACCUGGUGGAAGGGGAACGACCAGGUCAAACAUAUGGCCAGAACUAUUCUGAGUUCUUCGUAGAACGUCACGGAGAGUGUGCUGAGUUACGUACCGACCAUGGAAGACGACGGGAAAUAUCUGACCUGUCGGGCGGAAAAUCCAGUUGUACCUGACAGCGCGUUGGAAGAUAGGUGGCGACUGGUAGUUCACUAUGUGCCGAUAGUGUCGAUCAAGCUAGGUUCAAGUCUGAAGGCGAACGACAUAAACGAGGGUAAUGACGUCUACUUCGAAUGCGAGGUUCAGGCGAAUCCGAAGGCGCACAAUUGGGUGAUAUGGUACAAAGACGGCAAGGAGCUACGUCGAAACGCGACUGCUGGAAUUUACCUUCACAGUGGACGAUCUCUGGUUUUACGAAGCGUGACUAAAAAUUCUGCCGGUGAAUAUUCCUGUACGGCAUCUAAUGACGAAGGAAAAUCUUCCAGCAAGCCUAUAACGCUGGAUAUAAUGUACGCCCCGAUCUGCAAGGAGGGUUCCUCCACCCAAGUGGUAGGCGCAUUGAAGCACGAGACGAUCUCUCUGGUCUGCGGUGUGCAGUCCAAGCCGCCGCCCAAGACUUUCCACUGGACCUUCAACAAUUCCGGGGAGCUAAUGAACGUACCGGCCAACAGAUUCACGCAUGUGAAGCCGCUCAGCUUGAUCACUAGCCACUGGCACGGGUCCAGACUGAAUUAUACACCGGCCAACGACAUGGACUACGGAACGGUCGCAUGCUGGGCGAAAAACCGGAUAGGGGUGCAAAAGACGCCGUGUCUUUUUCAGAUCAUCGUUGCCGGGAAACCCUAUCCCUUGCAGAAUUGUACAGCCCUUCAGUCGACCGGCCCGUACGCGUAUCGAAUGGGCCACGAGGAUUUUAAAGCCACCGACUCGAGGGACGCGGACUGGUUAAUCGUGAGAUGCUCCGGAGGAUUUGACGGCGGUUUGCCCUUAACUAAUUACGAACUGGAGGUCUAUAGCGAGCAGAACGUUUAUCACGUCAAUACCAUCUACUUGAACCACACAGAGAAAUCCAGUUCGUCCGGUCCGGUUUUCGAGGUUCCUGGUUUAGAACCCGGUCGUAAAUAUAGGUUACAUCUGUACGCUGUCAACGCUAAGGGACGAAGCGAUCCUGUGGUCCUCGAACCGGUCACGCUCAAAGCAGUUGCUAUGUACACCACCGAUCGCGGAACAUCCGACGACAGCACCGACUACAGCCUCCUGGUAGCCUGUUUCGCCAGCGGGGUAACAGCCGUGUGCAUUCUAAUCGUCGGCAUAACAUUGACCCUGUACCGGCGUAGCCAUCCGAUGCAAUCGAUCAAGGCGCACAGCAAAGUGGUGCAAUACGGAAACAAAGAGCACAGGGUGGUGAUAGCGCCGCUGAACAAAGAAUCGAGGGACGAGAUGAAGGGACAAACGGCCGGUGAUAUGGCCGACGACGAUCCCGACGUGAUUCCAAACAAAAUGGACAAAAGGCCAAACGUCCUCGAGGCGAAUUACGAGACCGCCAAGUCCGACAAAACGAAGGAUUUCAGUCACCUGGAAGAACUCGAUUAUCCGUCGCCCUCGUCGGUGUUGCACACGAAAGACUCGUGGGUCUAUUCGAACGGUUGUGUGGAGAAGGUGGAGAAGAACCUGAGCCCUCUGAGACCAAGCACGCUUCCAGUGCAUCGUAGCCACGAUAUCUACACGAGAAGCUUGCGCGUUCAAGAAAGCUGUAUAUAG